AUGCCCCCUUCCCUAACAAAACAAAUCACACAGAUCGAAGGUGUAAGGCUAGCAGGUGCCAUUGAUACAGAAUGGGGUAUUACCAUCAAAUAUCCCGGAAAGUCAGCAAAAGGCACAAUCAUCGCAAUCACCCCCCACCGCAGCUGCAACUCAUCACCAGAUGACAACUGCUCUCCCCUGGCGCUUCCAGCAUUGACCCAUCCUCACAUUCACCUCGAUAAGGCCUAUGUCCACAGCACACGCGAAUACGCACAUCUUCUUCCAGCGGAAGGCUCCUUCCAGGAAGCGCUGUCCUUCACGACCCAGGCCAAGAAACAGUUCAACCAGGCCGAUCUCAUGAAAAGAGGCGAAUGGCUUCUUGCAGAGUCGGUUUCUGCUGGCGUCACAGCAAUGAGGGCGUUCGUGGAGGUUGAUCACACGGUCAAACUGACGUGCCUUGAAGCUGGUCUCAAACUCAAAGACCAAUGGAAAGAAUGCUGCGACGUUCAGAUUGUCUGCUUCGCUCAGGAUCCCAUCUUUUCCAGCGAGUAUGGCCAUGAAAAUCGCGAUUUGAUCAAGAAGGCCCUCGAGCGCUAUCCACAGAUAGAUGUCAUCGGCACGACACCCUACGUUGAAUCGAGUACGGACGCUGCGAGACGAAACAUUGACUGGGCGAUCGAAACCGCCCUCAAGCUGGACAAGCAUGUCGACUUCCAUCUAGACUACAGCCUAGAUAGCAGCGAGGAAGCUCUAGUGUGGUAUGUCCUGCAAGCACUUCAGCGCAAUAACUGGACGAGCCAGUCAAGUAUCAGACGGGUCAUGUUGGGGCAUUGCACCCGCCUGACUUCCUUCACUAAUGAAGAAUGGUCGGAUUUGGCCAAAGAAAUUCGUAACAAUGACCUUCCCGUGAGUUUCGUCGGUCUACCAACCAGCGACAUGUACAUGGCCUCGCCGUAUCCCGCAGCCAACGCUCCUCACAAUCGGCCAAGAGGCACCCUGCAUGUCCUUAAGAUGAUACGCGAGCAUGGUCUGGGUGCUAUUAUCGGAGUCAAUAAUGUCGGAAACGCGUUCACACCCUGGGGCUCUGCAGACCCCCUGUCCCUUGCUUGUCUAGGUGUAGGAAUCUACCAGGCCGGAACGCAAAAAGAUGCAGAAUUGUUGUACGAAUGUGUAUCCACGCGUGCGCGUGCUGCAAUCGGAUUACUGGGCAGCCGAGGCGGAUCCGGUUUGAUGCUCAAGGAAGGAGAUCAACUUGAUCUAGUCUUGCUCCACAAUGUCGAUGACACAGGAUGCAACGUAUUAAGGCCAAGAAAAAGUGUAGCAGAUGUUGUGUGGGAUCCGCCGGCAAGGGUGAGCAGGCAUAUCAUCUCCAAUGGCCGUCUGAAACUGCCACCGCAUCCUAUGUAUCCGGGAACAGCACGCUAUGCGUUUAAGAAUAGCGACGCUUGA